CCCUCGCCCGCCCAGAUCCCCAGGCCGCCUGCUUUUUGAGCGCGGGCUGCUCGGCGGCGGCACAGCCCGCGGGCCAGGCGCUGUAGGGAGCGGGAGGGCGGCAUGCUGCGGCCGAUUGCGUCCCGGUGCGCCCGGGGUCUGGGGGCCGGCGGGGGCGCGCAUUCUUCCGCGCGGCUCUGCCACCCGGGCCGCAGCUCCAGCAGCCGGUCCUCCGAUGCGCCCCGGAACCAGCCCCCCAGCUCCGAGUUCGUGGCCCGGUCGGUGGGCGUCUGCUCCAUGAUGCGGCUGCCAGUGCAGACCUCCCCCGAGGGGCUGGACGCCGCCUUCGUCGGGGUGCCGCUGGACAUUGGGACCUCCAACCGUCCCGGGGCGAGAUUUGGACCCCGGCGGAUCCGGGAAGAAUCAGUGUUGCUUCGGACAGCAAACCCUAGCACGGGGGCCCUCCCCUUCCAGUCCCUCAUGGUUGCAGACCUAGGCGAUGUGAACGUCAAUCUUUACAACCUUCAGGACAGCUGCCGUCUAAUUCGAGAGGCCUAUCAGAAAAUUGUAGCAGCAGGCUGUAUUCCCCUGACCUUGGGUGGAGAUCACACCAUUACCUAUCCGAUAUUGCAAGCGAUGGCAAAAUCGCAUGGCCCCGUGGGGCUGCUGCACGUGGACGCUCACAUGGACACGGCUGACAAGGCCCUCGGAGAGAAGCUCUAUCACGGGACGCCCUUCCGCCGCUGCGUGGACGAGGGUCUCCUGGACUGUAAGCGCGUGGUGCAGAUUGGCAUCCGGGGCUCCGCCAUGACCUUGGAUCCCUACAGAUACAGCCGGAGCCAGGGGUUCCGGGUGGUCCCGGCCGAGGACUGCUGGAUGAAGUCCCUGGUUCCUCUGAUGGGGGAGGUGAGGCAGCAGAUGGGAGGCAAACCCAUUUAUAUCAGCUUUGACAUUGACGGCUUGGAUCCUGCCUAUGCCCCGGGGACAGGCACACCUGAAAUCGCCGGUCUCACCCCUAGUCAGCUUAUCAUUCUGGGUUUUUCAUCGGCAGAAUGGAAACUCUUUUAGACGAAGUGACCUCUUCCUACCAUCCCCCUCGCUUAUCCUAUCUUGUGGCCACAUCUAACUACUGGUAUUUCUUUCUGUCUUGGUGUCUUUGCAUGUGUCUUCCUGUCUGGGCUGCCCUACCCCUACCUAUCUGCUUGGUCAAUUCCUUGGGCUAAGUGUUUCCACCGCUGGGGAGGCCUUCCCCUAGUCUUUGGGCUGUUUCCUAUUAUACUUUUCUGCGCUUUUUUUUUUUUUUUUAAGAUUUUGUUUUUUAAAGGAAUCUCUACGCCCAAUAUGGGGCUCGAACUCACAACCCCGAGAUCAAGAGGUUGCAUGCUCUGCUGACUGAGCCAGCCUGGCGCCCCUACGCUUGCUUUUCUUGAAGCCUUUAGUGCACGACAUUGAAGUGAUUGGUCGGCUUGUGUGUAUUCCUUCCCACAAUGGACCCCCUGGGAGUGGGGGCUGUGCUUUGGCCACGUGCGUCUCCGUGGUGCCCUCCAGUGUGCCCAGCCGUCAAUGAAUGUUUAUUGAGGGAAAGCGACAGUUCCGAGUCAAAGGGUGCGCAUGCGCUGGGAGAGAUGCACUGGGCCCUCCAUGGCGGGUUUUCCCUGUGAGUGGUUCCUGCUGUGGACAACCCGGGCUUGGUCUU